GGCAGUCAGCUCAAGUGGCACGGGGGGAAGACGGCUGGCAGGAACUCUGGAGGAAUCUCCUGCAGUUUCUCCUCUGUCCCAGCCCCAAUCCACCCCGUGGCAGCAGCAGGUGGACUUUGUCCUCCUGGAAAACGUGACACCGGGUCCCUCCUUCUGCAGUGCUGGUAGCCGAAUGCCUCUGACCACGCCAUGGCAGAAGCUGGAUGCCUGAUGGUUUCCCCUUCCACCUAUGCCUCCAGAGUUUUGCAGUGUACCUCCUGAAAUCGUUGCCCCGGCUGCCAAUGAGACGCUGGAGCUGGCCCUGGGAAGCCAGGUUGUGCUGAACUGCACCGUGCGCUGGGCAAUCAGUGAGCACUGUGAGCCCGUCCCCACCUGGACCAAGGAUGGGCAGUGGCUGGGCAGCGAGAGCAGACAAGACAGCACGUGGCUUGGUCAAAAUGCCUCGGAGCGUCUCCUUGCCACCGUCCUGCAGGUCAACCUCACGCACAAUGCCGAUUUUGGGGUGUUUGCCUGCUGGGUCAGCAAUGCUACAGCCAGCUUCACCCUGCGGAGAGAGGAGGUUGCAGGGCACGUGAGUGCAGUGCUGGCUGCCCUGUUGGUCCUGUCCCUCCUGGUGCUGCUGGCAGGGCUCUAUAUCAGAUGCCGCCUGAGCGUGCUGCUCUGGUACAGGAACCACUACGGCGAGCUGGAGAUGAACGACGGGAAGCUGUACGAUGCUUAUGUGUCCCAUGCCACCGCUCCAGAUGACCGAAAGUUUGUCCACUUCAUUGUCAAACCACAGCUGGAGAACCGCUAUGGCUACAAGCUCUACCUGGAUGAGCAGAACAUCAUGCCCAAUGCUGAGCCAUCAGCAGACCUCAUCAUGAACGUGAGCAGGUGCCGGCGUCUCAUUGUGGUCCUCUCUGUGGCGUACCUGGAGCAGGACUGGUGCAACAGCAGCUUUAGGGAAGGGCUCUGGAGGUUGCUGGAGCUUUCCAAGAAACCCAUCUUCAUCGUCUUUGAGAGCCAGUACCGGGAGAUCACACACCCUGCCAUCAGCCUGCUGAAGCAACACAGGAGCGCUGUGACCUUGCUGGUUUGGCGAGCAGGCUCCAUGACCCCAUCGUCAGACUUCUGGAAGGAGCUGUGCCUGGCCCUGCCACGCAAGGUAGCCUUCCGGCGGACCAUGGGGGACCCACAGACCCAGCUACAGGAGGACAAGGACCCCAUGCUCAUCCUGCACAGCAGCUACUUGGACAGCCGGGGGGACCCCCAUCCAGAUGGAGACCUGGGUACAGGCCUCCGUGGAUGUGCUUUCAGAAGUCCCCUUCCUCCCCGCAUCAGUGGCCCCGGGGGGCCCACAGCUUUGGCCACCGGCACAGUGGAAGACACGCAGCUGAAGGACAGCCACAGAUCUGAGAUUGACAUCUCUGACCUGGGCUCACGCAACUACGGCGCCCGCACAGACUUCUACUGCCUGGUGACAGAAGAUGACAUCUGAGCAGAGCCACAGCCAAGCUGCUGAAUCUCAGCAUCCCCACAUUCUGUGGGACUGCACAGACUCUGGUCACGGUUCCAGGAUCCCAGGCACAGUGAAGAACUGAAGCUGGGAGGAGAGGAGCUGGCUCCUAGCGACAUGCUUCAUGGUGGAAAGCCAUCAUGGGGGGACAUUCCUGUCCACAGUACCAGGGCACCCUUGGGCGGUAGGUCUUCCUCCCUUACCCUGGGUAGAAGGGACAUUUUUCCUGCCUACUGGACAAACACUGGGAUUGGUGAUGCCCUUGGAGAUGUAGCAUGCGCCCACAUUCCUUUGCCCCUCACUUCCCUACCCUACUUGCUCGAGGCAGCAUCACCCUUUCCCCCCCAGAAAUCCUGGUGGCAAUAAAAUGCUGCUGUUCCA